AUGGCACGUCGUUUCGAUGGAAACAUCAAAAGAAGAAAACGAUCUAUUAGGGCAAUGAAAUACAAAGCCCGCAAAAAUAGAAAGUUCUACUCCAAUGUUCUUUAUGCAAGAGAACAUGUAUUCAAUCUGACCAAAAACAAGUUAACAGAUAGUGAAUACUUCUUGUUAGCAAAAGGGCUGAAAUUCAUCCCAACACCUUCGACAAAAGUCGCAAAAAACGACUUACUCAAAGAUUUUGAUGAACUUGCACGUAAAAUGAGAUGGAAGCAUGUUUUUGCCGAGAAGCCUCUUGCUUUAACGGAGGAGGAAGUAGCUAAUUGUUACAGAGCAGCCAAGACAAAUAACAAGACCUUGCAAUGCGGAUUUGAUAAAAGGUUCGAUGUUAGCAUACAGAAAUUAUACGAAAAAAUUCGUUGUGGUGACUUAGGCACUCUAAGAACGAUUAAGCUGUCGGCUAGAGAACUACCGUCUACAUGUACAAAGGAAUACAUUUUAUCCUCAGGUGGAUUUCUAACCGACAGCGCAAUUCACGAGUUCGAUCUUUUAGUGUGGUUGGCAGGAGAGCGACCGCAAUCAGUGUUUUCCUUCGGUCAUGCGCACAAUCCGAUGAUUAAAGAAUGUGGUGAUUUUGAUAGUGUAAACGUAGUACUGAAGUUUCCAAGCGGAUUAUUGGCAUUUAUCGAAAACUUCAGAGGAGUUUCCUAUGGUUAUGAUCAGAGAUAUGAGGUUUUAGGUACCAAGGGAUGUGCUGUCAUCGAAAAUCCAAAAGAAUCACAGUUGUGCUUAUGGGACGAGAAAGGAAUGCAUUCUGAUCUGAUGUGGCAGCAAGCUCUUACGCGGUUCACAGAUGCCUACAGAAAAGAAAUUGAGCACUUUGCAGCGGUUAUCAAAGGAGAAAUUGACUGUAUUGUUAAAGGAGAGGAAGUCACGUAUGUCAGUAGAUUAUGCGCAUCUGCCACGGAGUCUCUACAGCAAGGAAAAGUGAUAAACCUUACAUAG